AUGACUUCACAGACAUUAAUUGAGACAGUAAACCAGAGCGCUCGCGCUGCAACUCAUGACUUCCGAAGCGACACCGUCACACUCCCAAGCAGCCGCAUGCUCGCAUCAACUAUCACCCAAGCCCCGCGCUUUGGGGACGACACCUUCUUCCAAGACGGGCCCACCAACUCUCUAGAGGCUUACGUCGGGGAGUUGACAGGGAUGGGGAAUGCUCUUUUUGUCUCUACGGGGACAAUGGGCAAUCAAUUAGCUCUACGCGCUCUCUUGCAACAGCCACCAUACUCCGUCGUUUGUGGCCGGCAUAGUCACAUCUUCGAGCAUGAGUGUGGCAUGUCUUCUAUCUUUUCGCAGGCGCAUUUGAUACCUGUGAUGCCCGGUUCUCCUAAGGGCAAUUGCCAACCGAAACAGCAGCUAUAUAUGUCUCUGGAAGAUAUCAUCCCUAAUAUAGUGCCCGACUCCGGCGAUCCGCACUAUGCACCAACUAGAGUGAUUGCAUUGGAAAAUACACAUGGUGGGACCAUCACUCCCGUACCUGAAGUCAAGCGAAUAUCAGAGUAUGCCCGGAGAAAUGGCAUAAAACUACACAUGGAUGGCGCCCGGUUAUGGAAUGCAUGCUACCCACCCUCAAGCGCCAACCUGCCACCCGCAGAGGCAGCGGAGGUUGCAAAAACUCUGCUCCGUGAAUACUGUUCGCAUGUCGACACUGUCAGCAUGUGUUUCUCGAAAUCUCUAGGCGCACCUGCUGGCUCUAUCCUGGUGUCUAAGUCGCCAGAGAUCAUCGCGCGUGCCCGCCAUCUUCGCAAGGCGCUGGGCGGCGCGAUGAGACAGGUCGGUAUCCUCACGGCGCCUGCGUGCAUUGCUAUUGAUGAGGUGUUUCUUGCCGGUGAGCCUAUGUUGCGGGCCAAUGCGGUGGCGAGGGAGCUGGAGAAGGAAUGGAUUGCGUUGGGAGGGUCUGUUAUGCCCGGUCUAGCCCAAGAGACGAAUAUGGUUUGGUUGGAUUUGAACAUGGCUGGGGUGUCUGGGGAGGAAUUCGAGCGGAUUGCGAAGAAGGAAGGGGUGGAUGUUUUUGCUCCGAGGAUUGUUACCCAUUAUCGCGACACGGAUGGAAUCAUUGCCCUGAAGCGGGUGCUUAAGCAGAUUAUAGAAUUGGGCAAGAAUAGGGGCACGGCAAAAGCGCCGCACACGUUAGAGGAGAAGUACAUUGGAGCGAAAUUCUCCUACGGAACUGAAGAACGGUGA